AUGCUCCAACUCUCCCAUCUAUACAUAACUACUUGGAAAAACAAUAGCUUUGCCUUUGUCAGCAAAGUAAUGUCUCUACUUUUUAAUUUGCUAUCUAGGUGGGUCACAGUUUUUCUUCCAAAGAGCAAGCAUCUUUUAAUUUCAUGGCUGCGGUCACCAUCUGCAGUGAUUUUGGAACCCAAGAAAAUAAAAUCUGUCACUGUUUCCAUUGUUUCUCCAUCUAUUCACCAGGAAGUGAUGGGACCGGAUGCCAUGAUCUUCAUUUUGAAUAUUGAGUUUUUUCACUCUCUUCUUUCACUUUCAUUAAGAGGCUCAUUAGUUCUUCUUUGCUUUCUGCCAUAA